UUUUGGGAUGCUUGUAAGCUCUGUAUUCAGAUUACAGCUCUGGAAAUCUCGGAGAGUCUCUUCAGAAGCAUUUACUACUGUACUUUCUUAUAAGAAAAGGUUGUUCUCCAGUAGUCGUGACCCAUCACAACCGGGAGGAAACAUGAAUGUCAUUACUGAAAGACAAGGCAGCAUCUUAACAAUUGGUAUUAAUAGGCCGGAAGCCAGAAAUGCUGUCAAUCCCGAGACUGCUGGGCAGCUCGUCCAAGCAUUUAAUGAAUUUGAGAAAGACCCAUCCCUAACAGCAGCUGUACUUCAUGGAUUAGGGGGAAGUUUCUGUGCGGGCUUUGAUCUGAAGGAAGUAGCUCACAAUGCUAACUCCCUGAAAAUAGAGCCAAAUGUUACCAAGGGCCCUGGACCCAUGGGGCCUAGCAGGAUGCAAUUUUCUAAACCAGUAAUUGCUGCUGUGAGUGGUUAUGCUGUAGCUGGGGGUCUUGAGUUGUCUCUACUAGCUGACCUUCGAGUUGUGGAAGAAAGCGCAACUUUUGGAGUGUUCUGUAGACGUUUUGGAGUUCCCUUAAUUGAUGGAGGAACAGUGAGAUUGCCACAGUUAAUUGGCCUUUCAAGAGCUCUGGAUUUGAUCCUCACGGGGCGGCCAGUGACGGCCCGGGAAGCAUAUGAGUUUGGUCUAGCAAAUCGUGUGGUUCCUGAUGGACAAGGGCUUAAAUGUGCUAUUGAGUUAGCAGAAAAGAUAUCGUCCUUCCCUCAGAAAUGUAUGCGUGCUGACAGAUCUUCUGCUUACUAUAGUACUUUUGAUUCUGCUAGCUUUACAGAUGCUAUGCAGUACGAAUUUGAUAACGGAGCAAAAGUUCUUGCUGAAGAAUCUGUUGCUGGAGCCAGCAGGUUCAGCGCGGGAGAAGGAAGGAAAGGAAAGUUGUAGAUAAACUUGUGCGUACUUGUAAUGCUAUAUUGGUGGUGAUUUCUAAUUUGCUCAGGUAAAACAAGCAAUU